AUGACGGGAUCUCUGAGCCUGGCCUCCUCCAUCUACACCAGCGGACUGCCCAGCCCCAGCCUCCAUCUACACCAGCGGACUGCCCAGCUCCCUCCUCCAUCUACACCAGCGGACUGCCCUGCCCCCCCUCUACCUACACCAGCGGACUGCCCUGCCCCCCCUCUAUCUACACCAGCGGACUGCCCUGCCCCCCCUCUAUCUACACCAGCGGACUGCCCAGCUCCCCCCUCCAUCUACACCAGCGGACUGCCCUGCCCCCCCCUCUACCUACACCAGCGGACUGCCCUGCCCCCCCUCUAUCUACACCAGCGGACUGCCCUGCCCCCCCUCUAUCUACACCAGCGGACUGCCCAGCUCCCUCCUCCAUCUACACCAGCGGACUGCCCUGCCCCCCUCUAUCUACACCAGCGGACUGCCCUGCCCCCCUCUAUCUACACCAGCGGACUGCCCUGCCCCCCCUCUAUCUACACCAGCGGACUGCCCUGCCCCCCCUCUAUCUACACCAGCGGACUGCCCAGCUCCCUCCUCCAUCUACACCAGCGGACUGCCCUGCCCCCCCCCUCUAUCUACACCAGCGGACUGCCCUGCCCCCCCUCUAUCUACACCAGCGGACUGCCCAGCUUCCUCCUCCAUCUACACCAGCGGACUGCCCUGCCCCCCUCUAUCUACACCAGCGGACUGCCCAGCUCCCUCCUCCAUCUACACCAGCGGACUGCCCUGCCCCCCCUCUAUCUACACCAGCGGACUGCCCUGCCCCCCCUCUAUCUACACCAGCGGACUGCCCUGCCCCCCUCUAUCUACACCAGCGGACUGCCCUGCCCCCCUCUAUCUACACCAGCGGACUGCCCAGCUUCCUCCUCCAUCUACACCAGCGGACUGCCCUGCCCCCCUCUAUCUACACCAGCGGACUGCCCAGCUCCCUCCUCCAUCUACACCAGCGGACUGCCCUGCCCCCCCUCUAUCUACACCAGCGGACUGCCCUGCCCCCCUCUAUCUACACCAGCGGACUGCCCUGCCCCCCCUCUAUCUACACCAGCGGACUGCCCUGCCCCCCCUCUACCUACACCAGCGGACUGCCCUGCCCCCCCUCUAUCUACACCAGCGGACUGCCCAGCUCCCUCCUCCAUCUACACCAGCGGACUGCCCUGCCCCCCUCUAUCUACACCAGCGGACUGCCCAGCUCCCUCCUCCAUCUACACCAGCGGACUGCCCUGCCCCCCCUCUAUCUACACCAGCGGACUGCCCUGCCCCCCCUCUAUCUACACCAGCGGACUGCCCUGCCCCCCCUCCAUCUACACCAGCGGACUGCCCUGCCCCCCCUCUACCUACACCAGCGGACUGCCCAGCCCCAGCCUCCAUCUACACCAGCGGACUGCCCAGCUCCCUCCUCCAUCUACACUAGCGGACUGCCCUGCCCCCCCUCUAUCUACACCAGCGGACUGCCCUGCCCCCCCUCUAUCUACACCAGCGGACUGCCCUGCCCCCCCUCUAUCUACACCAGCGGACUGCCCAGCUCCCUCCUCCAUCUACACCAGCGGACUGCCCUGCCCCCCCUCUACCUACACCAGCGGACUGCCCUGCCCCCCCUCUAUCUACACCAGCGGACUGCCCUGCCCCCCCUCUAUCUACACCAGCGGACUGCCCAGCUCCCCCCUCCAUCUACACCAGCGGACUGCCCUGCCCCCCCCUCUAUCUACACCAGCGGACUGCCCUGCCCCCCCUCUAUCUACACCAGCGGACUGCCCAGCUCCCUCCUCCAUCUACACCAGCGGACUGCCCUGCCCCCCCCUCUAUCUACACCAGCGGACUGCCCUGCCCCCCCUCUAUCUACACCAGCGGACUGCCCUGCCCCCCCUCUAUCUACACCAGCGGACUGCCCAGCUUCCUCCUCCAUCUACACCAGCGGACUGCCCUGCCCCCCUCUAUCUACACCAGCGGACUGCCCUGCCCCCCCUCUAUCUACACCAGCGGACUGCCCAGCUCCCCCCUCCAUCUACACCAGCGGACUGCCCUGCCCCCCCCUCUACCUACACCAGCGGACUGCCCUGCCCCCCCUCUAUCUACACCAGCGGACUGCCCUGCCCCCCCUCUAUCUACACCAGCGGACUGCCCAGCUACCCCCUCCAUCUACACCAGCGGACUGCCCUGCCCCCCCCUCUAUCUACACCAGCGGACUGCCCUGCCCCCCCUCUAUCUACACCAGCGGACUGCCCAGCUCCCUCCUCCAUCUACACCAGCGGACUGCCCUGCCCCCCUCUAUCUACACCAGCGGACUGCCCAGCUCCCCCCUCCAUCUACACCAGCGGACUGCCCUGCCCCCCCCUCUACCUACACCUGCGGACUGCCCCGCCCCCCCUCUACCUACACCUGUGGACUGCCCAGCCCCCCCCUCUACCUACACCUGUGGACCGCCCCCCCCCCCCCCAUCAUCUACACCCCCCCUUCAUCUACACCUGCGGACUUCCCUGCCCCUCCCUCUAUCUACACCUGCGGACUUCCCUGCCCCUCCCUCUAUCUACACCUGCGGACUGCCCUGCCCCUCCCUCUAUCUACACCUGUGGACUGUCUAGACCUGAAUACUGA